AUGGAAACUCCACCACCACCACCACCAAAUAGUCUGAUGGGUGCCAUAUAUCAUGCACAAAAGCAAGAGAAUCUAUCUUCAACUAGGGGUUCAUCAAGAAAGGAGACUGAUAAAAAACAGACCCCCAAGAAACAAAAGAUAGUCUCCACUGCGAUACACUUGAUGAAGCGUAAGAACCACAUCAGCCCACAAGAAUCUGAAGAAACUAGCGAAAUUUCAACAGAAGUAACUCUUUCUCAUCAAAGCAAUCAUAAGAAGCCAAGAACAAUAACUUACACCUUUCUUUCACUGACAAACAACACUCAAGUUUCAACACAACUGAAGUUGUUUGAUGAUACUUGGCCAACUGCUAACAUACCUGUGGCUAAAGAAUACUUUGAGGGCGUCAGAAAGAAAAGAGAGAUCGCAAACUCCAAGAUUGCCAUGAUGAAAUAUUACAACCCUGAAGAGGAGAAAGAAGAGAGGUUGAAUAGUGUUUCAACCAAACUAAAACUUUACAAUGAUCCAUGGAAUAUAAAGAAGAGGCUAACACAAAGUGAUAUGGGUCAUCUCUGUAGGCUUUUGCUGCAAACAAGUCUGAUGGAAAAGUAUGUGUUGCCAUUCUUCAACAGGCAUCAGAUUAAUGAGGUUCAAAGCAAAGAGGGUAUGAGAGUGAUGGUGUGGGAUCAAGAUACUCAAUCCCAGCACUCAUUGAUUAUGAAGAAGUGGUCAACUUCAAAGAGCUACAUUUUCAUUGACGGAUGGGCUCAGAAAUUCAUCAGUAGACGAAACUUGAAGACAGGAGAUGAAAUUGGAUUGUACUGGGAUCCUAACAAUUCAAUCUUUGAUUUUCAUGUUAUUCAACGUGCGGCCUAA